CAUCCUAGUUCCCGCCCUCCAAAAUAUUUCCUUUCAAAACCUUCCCCUUUUAGCUCUUUCUUUUGUUUUUUUACGUUUUUUUUGUCAUCAUAAGUUCUGAAAAACCCUAAUAAAUAUACAAAGUUAACAUUACAAAAAUAAACCCAAUCUGCAUUUAGUCAUCUAUACUCUCUUCUAGCAGCAUGCAAUCCUGGAGAAGAAUUUGUUCUAGAGAUUGAUUAUCGUAGAAAAAUUGUUGUGUUAGUAUUUUAAUGGAUUUCAAGGGAGAUAAGAACUCGUUUGAAAGUGAAGUGAAUGGGGAAUUCAGAAGGAGAGUUAGUCCUAGGUUUCAUAGCAAUGUUGAGUCUGGUAAUGCCGUGGAUUCGUCUUCUGUGGAGAGAAGAUUCAGUCCUCGCCUUCGUAAAAAUUGUUCAUCUACUAGCCCUAGUGUUCAAGAAUUGCGUAGCCCUAAAUCGAAACAGGCGUCUGAAAGGAAGGAUCAAGUAGCUACACCUGAAAUUACAUCUGAUUUUAAAACUCCGACUCCAAAGGUUGUGGCUAGAGAUUCUAAUUUUGUGAGGAGAAUGAGCCCUAGGCUCAACGGGGAUACUGGAAGUACAAUGCAAAAUGAUAUAGGUUUUGGUGCUAGUGAUUCACUUGGGAGCCCUGAUGUGCAUGUGAUUUCUGUGCGCCAAGUCGAGAGAAGACUUAGCCCGAGGCUUCAUCCAGAUUCCGUGACUAAUGAGAAAGUGGAUACUUCCAAGAACUCUAGUAUGCAAAGGAGACCGAGCUCUAAAUUUCAUAGCAAGGAAGGAAAUGAGAAGCAGAAUACUUUGCUUGAGAGUCCAAUGCAAAGUAGAAUAAGCCCUUUAAGUCGUUGCAAGUUAGAAAAUGAGAAGAAGGAGAAGAUUCUGCCAGAGACUCCAAUGGAAAGGAGAGUAAGCCCUAGACUUCAUGGUGAGCAAAAGAACGAGGAUAAGAAAAAUCUACUUGAUACUCCUGUUGGUGAUAAGAGAUCACGCAACUGUUCUCUUGCAAGCAACGGAUUUAGUGCCAAGAGAAGUAAACAGGACCAUCACAAGGAAGAUAACAGUAAAGUGGACUUUGAACACUCAUAUGUGAAUGGGAUUACCCGUGCUUCUAAUGGUGAAGCACCUCCUCAGUUAACUGUGGCAUUAAAAGUGUGGGCAAAUAAAACAAAGAAAUCAGAUGAAGCCCGUGAUAUUGUUGGAAGAAGCGACCAUGCGAGGAUAAAGGAGACUUUGAGAAUUUUUAAUACAUACUACCUACAACAAGUCCAGGAGGAAGAGGAGAGGCGCAAGCAAAGUGAGAUUGACAAGGAGAAGAAAGAUAAAGUCUCUACAUCUAAGGAGAAAGAUGUUAAGCGGACUUCUAGUCGACCUGAUCUCAAGGCUCUAACAAAGAUGAAACAGAAGAAUGAAAUAUUGUAUCCUAAGAAGACAAUCGGUCAUCUUCCUGGAAUUGAUGUUGGCUAUCAAUUUUAUUCCCGUGCUGAGAUGGUUGCCAUUGGUUUUCAUAGUCAUUGGCUGAAUGGAAUUGAUUAUAUUGGAAAGAGUAAAGGCAAAAAGGAUGAAAACCAAAAGUAUAUUUUGCCAGUUGCUGUGGCAGUGGUAUUGUCUGGCCAGUAUGAAGAUGAUUUGGAUAAUGCAGACAAUAUCAUUUACACUGGUGAGGGUGGGCAUGACCUACUCGGUAGUAAAUUACAACAGGAGGAUCAAGUCUUGGUUCGAGGUAAUCUUGCGUUGAAGAAUAGCAUGGAUCAAUCUCUUCCCAUUAGAGUUGUACGUGGACAUAAGAAUGUUGACAGCUACUCUGGAAAGAUUUACUCGUACGAUGGCAUAUACAAGGUUGUUGAUACAUGGGCUGAUAAAGGGUGUAGAGGACACCUUGUUUAUAAGUACCGUUUAGAACGGCUUGAAGGACAACCAAAGCUGACCACGGAUCAGGUCCAAUUUGUUCGAGGAUGUCCAGUUAAGACUGUUUCAGAAUUACCUGGGUUGGUCUGCCGUGACAUUAGUAAUGGCCUUGAAGAUAAUUGCAUUCCUGUUACCAAUGUAGUUGAUGACCCUCCUAUUUGUCCCCCAGAAUUCACGUAUAUCAAGUCCAUAGAAGUCGCGAAAGGCGUGAAGCUGCCUUCAAAUGCUACAGGAUGCUCAUGCAAGGGAAAUUGCACAAACCCCAACACUUGUGCUUGUGCAAAACUUAAUGGAUCAGAUUUUCCUUAUGUGCGGCGUGAUGGUGGGAGAUUAGUCGAGGCCAAGGACAUUGUCUUUGAAUGUGGACCAAAUUGUAGCUGCAAACCAGGGUGCCUUAAUCGUGUAUCUCAAAGGGGGAUAAAAUACCGUCUUGAGGUAUAUCGUACACCUGACAAGGGAUGGGCUGUUAGGUCAUGGGACUUCAUCCCUUCAGGUGCACCACUUUGCGAAUACAUCGGGGUGCUGAGAAGAAGUGAUGAGCUUGAUCAUAUUGCCGGAAAUGAGUUUAUCUUUGAAAUUGAUUGCUUGCACACCAUAAAUGAGAUCGAAGGAAGAGAGAGGCGCUUUGGGAAUGUAAAUGUGCCUUCUGCUAUUGGUUUACCAAAGAUUGAUAAGAAGACAUUAGAUGGUUCGCCAGAGUUCUGUAUUGAUGCAGGGUCCAGAGGAAAUGUUGCUAGAUUUAUUAAUCACAGUUGUGAACCUAACCUGUUUGUGCAAUGUAUUUUGAGUGCACACCACGAUUUACGACUAGCUCGCAUCGUUCUUAUUGCCGCAGACAAUAUUUCUCCUAUGCAGGAGCUAACUUACGACUAUGGGUAUGCACUCGAUAGCGUGAUAGGACCUGACGGCAAUAUCAAAGUAUUGCCAUGUUUCUGCGGUACAGCAGAUUGUCGGAAACGUUUGUAUUAGUUCUUAUCAAGUGUAGGUCCCUGUCAGGUAUCGAAGCAAAGUAGCUCCUAUAAUUUUCUUGCACAACUGCAAGUACAUUGAUCCAUAUUUAUCAAACCCAUUGAUAUGGAUGCGUAAUAUGAAUGCUGUAGUUGUUUAGUAAUCUCACAUUGCACCAAGCAUACGAGACAUAACUGGAUUAAAAUCUUAUAUGGAGUCGAUGAAAUGAUGAUUCCCGAACAGGCCAUAAGUUUAUAUUAUUAAUCAAGUUACAGUGCCUA